CCGCGGUAGGCUGCGCGGGUGGGCCCGCGGGGCCCGACCCGGCCGCAUUUAAGCCGCGCGCCCCGCGGUCCGCCGUCCGGCUCCGCCAUGCCUGCCUUGUCGACGCCGCUGCUGCUCGUCCUGGGCCUGCUUCUCGCCGGCCGCGCGGAGCCUGCGCGCCUCACCGUGAGCCGCGUGAGCGCCCCCGGGGCGCGGCCUUCCCGGCUUGGCAGCUUUUCCUGGGAUAACUGUGAUGAGGGCAAGGACCCCUCAGUGAUCAAAGGCCUGACUGUGGAACCUGACCCCAUUGUCAUUCCUGGGAAUGUGACUGUCAGCGCAGAGGGAAGGACCAGCGUUGCCCUCACUUCUCCUCUGAAGGUGGAAUUAACCCUGGAGAGGGAAGUGGCUGGCUUGUGGAUCAAGAUCCCAUGUGUGGAGCAGGUGGGCAGCUGCACCUACGAUGACAUCUGCAACAUGCUGGCCACCUACAUUCCCCCUGGGGAGCCCUGCCCAGAGCCUCUGCAUACCUGUGGGCUUCCCUGCCACUGUCCAUUCAAACAGGGCAUCUACUCACUGCCCAGAAGUAACUUCACCGUGCCUGACCUGGAGCUGCCCAGCUGGCUCAGCACCGGGAACUACCGUGUCCAGAGCAUCCUGAGCCACGGCGGGGACCGGCUGGGCUGUGUCCGGAUCUCCGCGUCUCUGAAGGGCAAAUGACAUGGCGGCCCUAGCCUCAGCCAGCUGCGUGUGCCGGGAAGGCAGUCCUCUUCCUCCACCUCGAGUUUGCUGAGGCCCAGCAGCAACCCCUGGCUCCUCCCUGUGUAGCCCUCCCGGAGCUCUGCCACCUUGCUUGUGCCACUUAAGCUUUCUGUUUCCGGCUGGGCCAGGCUGGGGAGGAUGCACUCGCGAGCCGGAGCGCCUGCCUGGCCCCUGCACCUCUUCUCCCCCGCCGGGACUUCCUUCCUCUCCGGGCCUUUUUCAUUUCCAGAGCAGCCAAGUGCUUCUGACCGCUAAUGUGAGCUGAGUGCCAGUAUGACCCUGGCCCUUCUCUCCUCCCUCCUGCAGGAAGGGCCUGGAGGGCUGAAGCGGGUAGCCUGGCCCUCCCUUAACUUCUGGGAUUAAUUUUGCAUUCACCUUUUGGUUUGCCUGGUCAGCGGGCAGGGUAUGUGCCAGAGGCAGCUGCGUGUGGUGAAGGCUUCCCUGGGGAGGCCAGGUGCCUCAGGAAUGCUGUAGGUGCUUAAGGUCAUUAUAAAUGUGGCCCUGCAAGGCCAAGGAAAAGGAGAAACCCAGAGAAGCAGUUUGCUUCCAGGUGUGACUGCCGCUUUUACUUACUGAUAAGUAGAGCCCUGAGCAUUCCUACUGCUGUACAGAAUACCAGGCUGUGUGCCCGGAUAGGAGACACCCACAGUCUAGUCCUCAGGCUUGGGGCAACUGCUGUCUCCAUGCGGCCAGUCGGGACCCUGAAAGAAUGCUGUGGGAUCAGUGUGCCCUGGGUCUCCUUUUCCCUCCCUAAAGAGGCCAAAAUCCACAUUUUUAUAUGAAAUUUUACAAGUUUUAAAUAUUGGCAGCUAUUGUUUUAUACAGUGUACAGGCUGAAGUCUUGUCUGGGUAUCCAGCCCAUGUGUGCCUUGUCCCAAGACCAUGCCUGCCUUGUCCUCUCAGUUCCCAGGCAGCUCCCCCGUGAGCCUGGCUCCCUACCAGUGGCUGUGUGGGCAGCAGAGACCCAGGGUCGGUGGGCAGCCUCCCUGCACGUGCCUCACCGUGCAGCUUCCCAUCGUGCGUGACGGCCUCCCAAAGCACAGAGCCAUGUUCUGGGCUCACUUGGAGCAAUAAACCUUUUGAACCUGC